AUGAGUAACAAAGAGGAAGAAUCAAUAGAGAAGUCAACAUCAAGUAAAGUUGAUGUAAUGUCACCAUAUUUCAUCUCUGGAUCUGAUAAUCCAAACAUUUUCUUCACAAGUGAACCUCUUCGCGAUGGUAAUUACGUGGAUUGGGCGGAUGAAAUGAGCAAUGCCCUCUAUGCAAAGAAUAAAUUUGGAUUUGUUGACGGGUCGAUUCCUAUUCCUGCUGAAGGAUCGUCUGAAUGGCAACUAUGGAAACGAUGCAAUGCCAUGACAAAGGGUUGGCUCCACAUUUCCAUGGACAAAGAGAUACGUACCAGCGAUGAGUUUCAGGCUACUUCUCCGAUUCCAAAAUGCAAGUGUAACAAUUGCACCUGUGACAUGGGUAAGCAAUUGAUGGAGAUGAGGGAUAAAGAGCGUUUAUAUGAAUUCCUUAUGGGAUUAGACAAGAGUUUAGGAACCGUGAAGACCCAAAUUCUAAGAACUAGGCCAAUGGUUUCCCUUGGAGCCGCUUUCCAUAUUGUUUCAAAAGAUGAAAGACAAAAGCAAAUUACCUCCGCGGGCAGAACGCAGGUCGAUGCAGCAACUUUUCAGACUUUGUGUAGCCGAGAACGUGAGAUAAAAGAGACCAAGAAGUGUACACAUUGUGGGAAACUAUACCACACGAUUGAUGAGUGUUAUGAGCUCAAGGGAUAUCUCAAGCCAAGAGGGAAGGGAUACCGUGACAUGGGUAAGAAAGAAGAACCACAGAAGAAACAGAAAAGCAUAACCAAAGGGGCUCACAUGGCUGCAACUAAUUCCCUUGUUCCAGGAGUUGCCCCUAAACAAUUCUUAGCUUGCCAAGACUACUUCAAUAUGCAUCGGGAAAGCUCACAGAACAGUAAUGAAGAAAAAUUGCCCACUGCUAACAUGGUUGGUAAGAUAAAUAACUUAAGAACAUGGAUAAUCGAUUCCGAAGCCACUGAACACAUAACUUGCGAUGAUGGGAUUCUUGUUAAACAAACAAAAUUUGGUACAGAAACUCCUGUAAGAAUCCUGAAUGGAGAAAAGGUCCCAGUUGUGAGUGUUGGUGACACUAGUUUGCUAAAUGCUUUGAAACUAAAUGGAGUUUUGAACAUUACUAAAUUUGAAUGCAACUUGUUAUCUGUUAGCCGCCUCACAAGAGAUUUAAAUUGUUUUCUCACAUUUUUCCCGAAUUAUUGUACGAUGCAGGACUUACCUUCGAGGACGCUGAUUGGAAUGGGUAGACACUGUGAUGGUCUAUAUUGA